GCAGAGAACGUAGAUGAGCCUGAAGGUUGGAAGAACAAAGACAAGAGGAAUGCCCUCACUCCUGGGGUGGGGAAAUUCAAGAGGAUCUCUCCAAAGGUGGGUGAAGUUCAAGGCCCGGGUCCAAGUCCUAGUCCAAGGAUCCCUCGUCCCAAGAAGGCAAUGCGAGACAUCCUCAACCAUACGCAGGGGACCCCAAUUCAUCCUUCAAUUCGAAUCCAGGGGAGGAAAGGUGGGGCAUCAGGGAUAGAUUUGAGUAGCUUCCGCAGGGAAGCAAGCUGUCAACCUAAGCUCCUUGCCUGCUCGAUCCUGCCAAACAAUGCGAACCACCCACCCAAGUCACCCAUGUCCAUGACCCUACCUGGCACUACUGGCCAGCAACCAAAGUCCCCUGCCUCAAUCCUGCCCUCUUGUGCCAAUCAGCAACAUCAACUCCCAAUCUCCAUGACCCGCCCCUCCUUCUCCCUCGUGGAGGAUGGGGACUAUGAUGCCUGGAUAGAGAGUCAAGACUCCCCAACAAUGCCAGGUGUGAUGCCCGAGGAAGAGAUAGAGGAGCUGCCUGAUUUGAAUUUUCCUAGAGAGGAAUUGCUCAAUCAUGGUGAUUCUAGGGAGGAGGUAUCUGGUUCUGAUAAGCCUCUGCUCCCAAAUCCCUCAUUGGAAUUGUCGAAGUCACGCCAUCCAAUGUCUUGCAAUGAGCUUGAGGGCAUCUUGGCCUAUGCAGAUGUUGAUGGGGAAAUUCAGAUGUCUGAAGCUCCUCCAGCUGAACAGAAAGCACAGAAUACAGAGGCUUCCUCCUCCUUGUUGUGCCCAAUUUUCACAUUUUUGGCAAGCAAUCUCAAAAAUGAAAAAGGAAAACCUAGCAAUGCUAAGUGUCCAUCAAGGAAGAUGGCCAUUGUGACUCCAGCCCGGCAAGAGAAUCUAACUUCAAAGACUAGUUCCCAGGCUGUUGAGCAGACUGUGGCCUCUAAACGCAUAAUCCAAGAAGCAGAGCACUCCGAAGUGCCCACAUUGAAGCAAGCUAAGAUUUCUGAUUACAUCACAAAUCAGAGAGAUGCCUCUUGUGUUUGUCAGAAUUGCUUGCAAUGUGGUAAUGCAGCAGAAUCACCAAGGCCAGCUGCAUUGGUGCCUCCUCAGCAGGAUGAUGCUGAAGAAAAACUUACUUUGCUGAAAGAGCCAAAUGCUUCCAGUGAGACAUAUUCAGUCCUGAUGCAUGAUGGCCAAACAGCAUUGAACAAUCAGACUGAUUCUCCCUCUGAGAACUGUGAUUCAUCCCGAGAGGCACCUCUGAGUGUUCUUUUUGAUCAAUGGGGAAAUGAGCUCCCUUGUAAACUGAAUUUAUCCAUGUCACUUCAUGAUGCUUCACAUAAAUCUGGUGCAUUGCUCCACUCUUCCCGCCAGAAUGUUCAAAAAGGAUCAAAUGUAGUAAAUCCACUUGAGAAUACUUCAGGUGCAUCUCUGGUUCCCAUGUCUCUCCAGAACACCCCUAGAUGCCCUGUUGCAUCAAAUGCAGCUCGCAAUGUUCCAUGUGAUAUGAAUGUAUCCAUGGGACCACUUGUGUCCCCUCCGCCAAUGAUCGCUUCCAACAAUACUGUGUCUUACACCCCAACUGAGACUGUACAUAAAGUAGGACAGGUCAUGCCAUGUACCACUGCUGCCAUCAGAGCACAGGUUCUGCCCAUGAGAGGCUUGGAAGCAGACUCUGACGUCAAAUGUCAACCUGAGCUGAUAGACCUUUCUGAAGAACCUGAAGCAAGUGAUUUUGGACAAAUGGAUAUACCUAGAGAGGCUCAUGUGGAUGAUUUAGAAGCAGGCAUUGUCUCAGAGGCUGCAGUGGAACACUCUCCAGUUGCUUUUGUGAAUCCUGGUACUCCUGCUCAAGGUGCAGUACAUGAAAUCAAAACGAGUCCGCCAAAGGAACCACUGGGGACACGACUGCAGCGGCUGUAUGAAGCCAAGGAGUCCAGUGAACCCAAGCUGUCGGAUGAAGAGCGAAAGGACAUGCUGAUGAAGGUCAUGACCACGUUGCUGCAGGCCAUACAGAAAGGACCUGAUACAUUUGAUUGUCAACUCCAGCACACCUAUUUGCAACUCUGCAAUGGCAAAAUAAAACCUGCAAAGGCAAGUGAGAGCCUUCAAAACACUUCACUUGACAAUGCCAUAGAUGCUGGAAAGGUAAAAUCUCAUGAUCUGCAUUUAUCAAAUGAAAAAGGGGAAACAGUAUUAGCUGAACAGGAUGUGAAGAUGGAGUAUGACAAUCAGACAGGGAAUGCAGAAAAUGCAGGCAAAAAAAGCUUUGCUGCCCCCAGCAUGGCAUUUGCACAGAGUGAUCUUCAAUCAAGGUGCAUGAAAUCCCCAUGGAAAGGAAUUGCUGCCAGUCCAGGUCCUGGCUCAAGUGAUCUGCUUCAGAGGGUGCAUAACCUGUCAUACCCCAAGUACUCUGUUCCACCAAAAAGAGUUGUACCUCCUCAGAGGGGAAGUCUCAUCAAUUAUACACUGGGAAGACCAGCUGAGCUGCAAACUAAGCCUGCAGCUGUGUUUGCAUCCCCAGCUCUUCCACAGCCUCCAGCAGCAUCCUCAUGUUUGUUUGCCCCUCUGAAGAGAGAGGAUUCUCGACCCGGUCUCUUCCUCCCACCGACUGCAUCCCGACGCUUGACUCGCGAUGCCCGGUCAGCUCUGAUGUCCACAUCUGUCACUGGGGGGUCGGUAAGAUUCCUGGAUUUGGAUGCGCACCAAACACAGGAUCUAUCUCAAAAUGCAGGUCAAGAAGAGGCUGUCCCUUCUACAAGCUCAGGAGGAAUUUUUCACAGGUCCUUGGCUCUGGAUGAUCCCAUGUCUGCAUUCUUUAGCCUUCACAAGCGGUGAAGAAUUGACUUCGUUUGAUCCAUUAGACAAAAGUAGAUUUGCGACUCAUUCAAUUUCCUCUCAUUGUACUUUCAAGUAUUUCUAUUCAUUCAUCUGUUCAC